CUAAACCCGCGUGUCAAUCUGGCAACCCUGCCUCCGCCGCAUGAUUGGCCGGUAGAUGGCGCGAUGACGUAAUGAUGGACCACAGUGACGCGUAGAUCUUCCGUGCGCCUUGACCGUGAUGUUCAUCACCACGACGUGACCGGGGGAAGGGGAAGGGCAGGAAACACACAACAACAAUAACACCAACAAGAGAAGGAGAACCGUGGAGGAGCGCUGGAGGAAUCAGUGAUGUCUCUCUCGCCAUGCCGCAUCCCGCCGCGUACCUGCUGCUGCUGCUGCUGCUGCUCUCCGUCGCGCUCGCGCUCACCGAGGCCGCGGAGCUGAGGGGUCUCGAGCACAAUGAGGAGACGCCUUCGCGUAAUGGACGUCGGGAGGAGACGGUGACCGCGCCUGCGGAGGCGUUUUCAUCUCUGACGCUGAAGGUGUGGGUGAAGGACGCAUCCAGUCAACGGUACCUGAGAGGCGCCGAGGUCCGGGUGUUUGUCAGCGGAUCUCUGCUACAGUCUAGCCAAACUGAGGAAAAUGGAGAAGUGCUUCUGAAUGUACCCUACCAGCUGGGGGUCACCCUCACUCUGGUGGCCAGCAUGGAGGCCUACAUGCCCACUCAGCUGCCCUGGAAGACCACCAAGAUGCCCAUAUUUUCUGCUGUUACGAUGUCCUUGGUCCCACAAACCCAAGGCAACAUCUGGCUCUUUGAAGACACCGUGUUAAUAACUCGAAAAACAUCUGAUGUGUCAUCACAGCCUAUUGUCCAGUUCCCCAAGAGCCUGCUCUUACUCCCGGAGAACACCACCAUCUCUGCAGUGACCGCUUAUCUGACCGUUCCAGCUCCACCUCCAGAGAAAGACGGUCAUUUCUGUACCAUGGGGGUCUUCAACAGCAAAGGAGGUAACAGGAGCGUGAAAUUGAGCCCCGUGGCAGUGCUGAGUGCUCAACUGCGCACCGACGGAAAAGAUAUUGACGUCAAAGGGCCAAUCCAGCUCACGGUACCUUUACCGUACCGCAACCAUCUCAGAGCCUCGGACUCCAUACCUGCCUGGACCUUUGACCUGACCACAGGUACCUGGGUGAACAAAGGUAUCGGCUCUGUUAGAAUGGAAAGAAAUGGUCUGGUCUGGACCUAUGUCGCUCCUCACCUUGGGAACUGGAUUGCAGCACCGUCUCCAACAUCUAACGGUUACACAGGACAUGCAACUUCGAUGGAUUUCAUCUCAUACCAUACAUACCUUCUUUUGGGCAUCUUGGGUGGGACUCUUGUGAUCAUCAUUGGAUUUUUAUCUGUGAUUUUAUGUCACUGCAGAGAGUUGAACCAUGAGACCGAAAGGAGAAGAUGGAUCUCCACUAGACUGUCAAUCAUCAAGAAAGACCAGACCACAUCUACCAGCACAGAUGAAGUCCAUGAGCCCUUGUACAAUAACGGAGACCAUAACGGCGAUAGGUCUUACUCAAUGGCUGCAGGUGUGUCAGCAUCUCCGCGACAUCAAACCAAUUAUAAUAUCUAUGUUGAUAACAUUUGCCGGCCUGCAGUGAACCUGUACGAGAACAUCGGAACUGCUUGCCUAGAGAACCUCAGAGUUACAGUACCAAACUUGUAUGUAAACGGUGAUGAAGUAGCAAAGCUUAGAGAGAUGUCUGAUAAGAGCACUUCACGGCAAGCCCCUGGAGAAAAUUCCACAUAUCGAGACAAGCUGUUCCACAUCUACAACCAGCCUGUGGCCAUUGUCCAAGCUCCAGAACAUUUCCCUGCCCAGGGACAGACCGAGUCCACUGGAAGCCGAUGUGCCACCUUUCCCCGGAAUGGCUUGGAGCACGGAGCACAGACUGAGCGAAACCUGAAGGACAGUUUCACCCAAACACUGCCAAAACCCCCACAACAAGACAACAAUGUGCAGCCUGCUCUAGAAGGCCCACAGAUCUCCACUGCCAACCCAGGAAUCUGGGGUCGUUAUAGCCACUUGCUUGAGUCUGUCUCUGUCCCGGGAACCCUGAAUGAGGCGGCUGGAAUGGGUGCUUUCCAUGGUGAGCUACAGGGAAUAUCCGAGCAGACCCUGCUGGAGCUUUCCAAGGCCAAGCCUUCUCCUCUGCCUCCUCGAGCAUGGUUUGUAUCUUUGGAUGGUAAACCAGCAGCCCAAGUACGCCAUUCCGUAAUCGAACUCCAAGGAAGGCACCGGCCAGGAAGCAGCAACGACACCAGCCUGGACUCUGGGGUAGAUAUGAAUGAGCUUCAGCAGUUAGUACGCAAGAGUGAUCAGGAAGGACCAUCGAUCACCAACAUGCCCAAAGUAGCAAGGAACCGUGGCCAUGAGGAACAGGACUUGAGUAGUAGUGAAAUCGGAAGUCCCGAAGAUACGUCUCUGAGGAACACGCUGGAGGGCAGCAGUGCAGCUAUCCCAAACAUCCCAGAGGAUCAAGAUGCUGGUGACACAUCCAGCGAGUCCAGAUCCACCCCACCACCCAGAAGACUACGCAAGGUACGGGACAAGAGGCCAGAUAAGAAAGCAACUCGACAUCUGAGGGAGGAAAGAGCGCUAACAAAACGUUAGGUCAAUCUACUGUGUGUGCUGAGCUUUGGCGACAGCCACAUAUUUCUGUUUUCCAUCAACCUGCCUUAUUGUAGUAUUAUUGAGAAAGAUUCCACACAAAGACCUGUCUAAACCAUUGGAGCAUAGUUUUCUUAAAUCAAUUUCUGUAGUGUUUGCAAGUUUUCUGCAUCCAGCUAUUGCCCAUCCAUGACACCAGUUCGUCGUUCCUACACAACAGCUUCACAUCUCACACCUUCCAAUGUUGUGUUUGUACAAAGUCUUAUGUUUACAAGAGUGCAUUGCAAUACCAUGUAUCCGGUUAUUUUUUUCCACUGUGAGCACAAUGCCUGUAUGUACAAAGCUUUUUUUUAUACUAAUUAUGAGUCUGAAUACUCAAUGGAAUGUUUGGAACAGGAUGAGAGUUUGCUUGAGGUCACGUCAUUUAAUUGUAAAUUCAGGUGUAGAUAUGUGAAGUUAGCAAACGUUAAUUGCCACCGGAGUGCUAAUAUUUAGUGAUAAAAAUAAAAUCAUGCAAAAUUUGACAUCCGGAAUUUCAAGAUAUGGGAAAUGUUAUGAAGCGACAAGGAACGUCAGGUAUAUAAACUGAAAGUGAAGUGACGUGACAUACGGCUAAGUACGGUGACCCAUACUCAGAAUUCGUUCUCUGCAUUUAACCCAUCCAAAGUGCACACACACAGCAGUGAACACACACACACCCGGAGCAGUGGGCAUUUAUGCUGUGGCGCCCGGGGAGCAGUUGGGAGGGUUCGGUGCCUUGCUCAAGGGCACCUCAGUCGUGGUAUUGCCGGCCCGAGACUCGAACCCACAACCUUAGGGUUAGGAGUCAAACUCUCUAACCAUUAGGCCACGACUUCCCACCAUUAGGCCGCAACUUCCCAACCUGUACAGGAUCUUUUUUUCUGGCAUUCAGGAAAAAAUAACUAUUCGGAGCAUUCCCUGCUGGAGCUUGUCGGCCUUUAUGUUUUUUUGUUUUGUCUUGCACUGAAAAUUGUUUCGAUUCCUCAUAUUUGCAUGCAGAUUUUUAUUUUGUGUUAGAGAAUGAAGCAACAAACAUCAGACUUUUGCUUCAGGUUUUGUUUUACCAAGGUUUCAUCUCCAAACACAUCAACAUGAAAUUAUGUAACCGCUAUCGAUCCAGCAAACCAUGAUGUUUUGUGCAUAGCUAUUUUGGUGGACUUUAAUGGAAAUUAAUGACCAGCAGCCAGUCAGAUUGAAUAAGCUUUUUUUCCUUCUUUUAAAAAAAAAAAAAUAUUGACGACUAAAAGCAAACAGGUAGCAGAGGUACAGUAUAUGAUCUUGGGUUUGUCAAGCAAAUUGAUUUUGAUAUUAUGCUGAUAAAAUAGUUCUGCAUGACUGAAAAUAUUUUUUUUUCCCUUUGUAGAUAGUUUCAAGUCAGUUUUCACAUUGUACUGUGUAUCAUUUAUGUAAAUUACUUACCACUUUAAAUGGGGAUGUUCCCUCAUUUCUUGAAUGCUUUGCUGACCGGUUUGUGAUUUGCAGUUUUUGUGCACAUCAAUAAAAGAACUAGCCAGUGUUCGAUGUAAUAGUUUUAGUGGUUUAUUUAAAGAUGUAUUUAAAAGCUG